AUGAGUGCCUCAGCCGUCCAGCAAAAGCUGGGUAAGAAGGAGCAGGCGGUGGCAUUCAACCCAACCCACUGGUCCGAGGAGAAUGGUGGCAGUGGCGUUCCAGCUGGGAAGCUCCAAGUCCUACAGAAGUUCUUCACGCCGGUCCAGCAGGCCAAGCGGCAGAAGGAGACGGUCUAUCUGCCCCUGCUGAUGGAGAGUUUUGACGACCGCUUCUCCGUUCACUCCUCAAGCUCGUCCACCUCCACCUCCUCAGCCAUGUGGUCCUUGGAAGCCAGGCUUGAAAAAGAGGCUCUGCCCUCUCAAUACCAUUCUUCUCCGUCUGGAUCUUGUAGGGAGGUGGCGAUGGAGGGUGCAGCCUCUCACCCCACCCGGGAGAACCGAAGGCUGGGUGGGUCCUUCACCCCGUUCGUCCGGGGCCAGAGGGUGAGGACUGGCGAUUUGCCUCUUGGUCAGGGCCCUCCGGAGCUCUGGCGGCAGGUGGGACAAGUUGAAGGCCUGGAGCAGAACUUCUACAAGGCCACUGUCCUGCAGCAGGGCCCUGCCUUCGGUGAAGAAGCUGAAAUUCCAGCUUUGCAGCAGCCCCCCAAGACCGGCCGGUAUCCUCUUGGCCGGGCUGUUUUGAGAAACGGGGUGGUAGAGGAGGACGGCCGAUUGUGGAAGACCAGAUCCAGUGAGACCAUCACUGAGCGGCCAACAGGAGUGAAGCCUCUCUUGGCGCCAAAGCCCAGGAGAUGCCACCACCAGCAGCAGGAGCAGGAGAAGCCCUCUUCUCCUAAAAGCCUGGACCUGACUCUCCCCAAGAAGUCCCUUAUCCUAGGAGAAAACAGACGGAUAGAAGACAAACUACGCUUUUCGGAGUUCCUCAACGAAGUCACCCAGCAAAUCAUGAGUCCUUCAAGUCUCCUGUCUCUGGGUUGGAAGUCCCGGGGGUCUUCUCCAACCCACAGAGCGCCCAGCACCAAGUCUAUUUCAUCGGAGUCGUUGCUGGGAAAAAAUGCGGGGAACAUGUCCUUGCCCAGGAAGAAAAGAGUCGGACAGUUCGAAGCCGAAGGAGAUGCCACCUCCAUCCGCCCCAGCCAGCUCCAGGCAAAUGUCAAACCUGUGAGGACUGCGGAGGAGACUAGCAGCAGUUCAGAAUCGGCCCUCUUUACUCCCUUUCUGGCCAACUUGCCUGAGCUGUCUGAAGAACCUUGUGGGGCAAGGAGGGAUGGUGAAGGAGCUUCAGAGCAUGUGCUGAAGCUCAAGGCUCAAGAAUGGUCCUUCAGGAAAGCAGAGGAGACGGUGCCCCGAGGAGCAGAGAAAUCAGAUGACAACGAAUGGUCACUGAGCGUGGCGAGGAAGAGUCAGAUGCUUUAUAAGGAACUUCUGGUAGACAUGAACCCCAAACCAUCCAGGUCUUCCCAGGAGCAGCAGCUACCAAAAAUUCCUGUUUUGGACUCCAAACCUGCAUUUGCUGAACGACACCUGCAAAAAAAAUGGGAAGAGACUUUGGAGACUUUAGAGGAAAGUUUUAGCAGGAUUCAAGAAGAGUAUUCCAACACACGUCACACCAACCAGUUGUUAGAAGAGAAACUUCAGAGAAUUGCACAGACUAUGGCAGAGGAAAGGCAGACUUGGAACCACCGAAUCUCUGAACUGGAACGGGUUAUCAGACUCCAAAACAUAAUUUGCAUCUCGGAGAAAAUUAAUGUUUUGGAUCUGCCCCCCAAAUCCGGCAUCCAGGCCCAGCCCGAGGGAGAGAACCCCAUGGCUCUUUAUUCUGAACCUCUCUUGGAUGUCAUUCCUCCCCCUCCCCCUUUCAAAGAUGGAGCCUCCAGCACCCGGAGCAGUUCUGCCCCGUCUGAUUUGAGGCCUGGAAGCAGCAAGCUGGCCUGCAGCCUGGAAUUUGAUCCAGCCAACUUGCUGGGGGACUAUGAGGCUCAAGGACCUCCUGCUGCCAAGAACUACCUCUGCCCAUCCCCUCCCUCUGUUUGCAAGCCCACUAAGUUCUGUGCUGAGUGUGCCAACGCAAUGGAGGAGUAUGGCAAGAAAGAGAGGGGGCUGGUCUGUCCUCCCCCAGCCCCCUGCUUCUUAUCCCUGCACGAGGCCUCGGUACCCUCACCCACAGCUAGCCCUUUGCCAGACCCAUUGGGGACCUUCCCAAUGCUACAUCCACCUUCCCUGUCCAGCCGCUGUUCAGCAGUGACUGAGCAUCCGGCUGAACGGAGCAGAUGGGGCCGUUCAGAUGCCUCCGAAGUCUCCCGGAGUCCUGGCACGGCGGAGAAGACACUGAGACCCCGUCUGGAGCAUCAGCCGAGGCCGAAGAUGCUGGACAGCGGUGGCCAGACCCCCAAGCGCUCGGAGCAAGAAGGGAUCCAAGAGAAGGGAGCCGACUGGUCUCGGCCCCAUUGCAUAGCCGUGGAGCUUCCGAGUCCUGGAGAGACGGCCUCGCAGGGGAAGCUACGCCCGAGCCUUCAGCAAAUGGGGGAUACGCUCCGCCAGGCCAGCAAGGGGGGAGGAAGGGGGAGGCAGAAUUUUGUUGCUAUCCAAGACUCGACAUUCCUGUGAGGAGGCAAGGCCACAGCCCCUCCGUUCCCCCCCCAGCUGAGUCCCCUGGGGCUGCAGGUUGCAUCGGUCGUGUUGCAGUGAAAAAUGGUGAUGUGGUGGAAUUUAAUGCAGAGUGGCAUCUUUCCCCAGGAGCACAGAGGUAACGCAGCUUGGAGUGUCUGUGUCAGAAUCCAAUUAUAUUUCAUCUCUAGUUAUCAACUAUAGAAAACCCCAUUCAUGCCUUCUCUGGAUUCUGCCAUA